GGCCCAGGGCCACCUCCCGGGUGGGAUUCGGGGAAGGGAAGGGAAAAGCACUGGUCCUUCUCCCUCCUCAGCUCAGUGUGCCCAGGAGGACCUGGAGCCAGAGGGAAUGGCCCCUGGGAGCCCCGGCCUCCAGGCCCAGCAAAAUAAGGGUAACUGACAGAGAUAUUUUGGCCAGGACACUUCAUACUGAGAGCCACCGUAAGGUCUCAGUGGAACAACACAGGGCAUUCUUCUGGCUGGAAGCUAACUCAUACCACUCAAUGAAGUCCAGAUUCUGAGAAAUAUCUCUUUAGAAGCCUCCUCAUGUUUGCAUCCAGGUAAGACUUAAUUUCAGCCAUUCAGGAAACAAAACUCAAUUUUUCCCUUUAACUUUGUUCUCUUGUAAGGGAAAACUCCCACCCACUCCCCUCCAGAACAUACCCGAAUACUCUGAACUUUUCCCAAACUCUCUUCAGAAUUUUCUUUAUGGCUAAUCAGUCCUGAAAAGGCCAUUUCACAUCCCCUUCUCUUUCUCCUCUUGGCUCCCAGGGAGAGCGCAGGCUUUCUCUCUGACCCUGGACGUUCCUUAAGAAGACAAUUCUGAGCUUGAUUUCACCUGAUUCAGUAGAACUGCUCUUCUCAGCAUCCAUUGGGCUCCUCAGGACUAUGGUGUUGACCUGGACAUUCAGAAAGGGUGUGCCCUUUGGGAAUAUCCCAUCUCUGUGCUUCAGACUCCUAUAAAUGGGGAGAGUGUCAUUGUGAAGUCUUUCAGCCCUCUGUCCUAUGAUUUUGGCUGCUUUUAGGAGGCAGUGACGUUCCGGGAUGUGGCUGUGGACUUCAGCCAGGAGGAGUGGCGCCUCUUGGCCCCUCCCCAGAAGGAGCUGUACAAGGAGGUGAUGCUGGAGAAUGCCCAGAAUUUGCUCUCUCUGGGUUUUCUCCAGUUUUCUCAUUCACAAUGCCCAGGGCUCCCUGUUCCCAGAGAAGAUCUGAUCUCUUAUUUGGAGCAGAGGGAAGCCCCAUGGAUACGGGAGCAAGAAGGCCGGAGGAGCUGCUGUCCAGAAGGAGAGAUCAGACCCAAAUGGAAAGAGCCUCCUACAGAGCCAGUCUUUUCCUUGGAAGGAACUCACAAGCAAAGAUUUAUGAAUGAUGGUCCCUGGUACGUCACUUGGAGAGAAUUCUGGGCUGAAUAUCAGAGAAUCCUCAACAAAGAGAAAGCUCAUAAAGCCUUCGGUCAACAGUCAUCUUGUAUUUACCAUCAAAAAACCGAUACCGAAAAGAAACUACAUAAGUGUCAUGCAUGUCCUGAAACUUUUAAUAAACAGUCAUCCCUCAUUCGACAUCAAAGAAUCCACACUGAGGAAAAACCUUAUGAAUGUCAUCAGUGUGGAAAGGCAUUUGGGCAGAGAGUCAGCCUUGCUCAACAUCAGAGAAUCCACACUGGAGAGAAAAUUUUUAAAUGUCAUCAUUGUGGUAAAGCCUUUGGUCAACAGUCAUCUCUUAUUUACCAUCAAAAAACACAUAUUGGAAAGAAAACACAUGAGUGUCAUGAAUGUUCUAAAGCUUUCAGUGAACAUUCAUCCCUCAUUCGACAUCAAAGAAUCCACUCUGGGGAAAAACCUCAUGAAUGUAGGCAGUGUGGAAAGGCUUUCAUUCAGAGGGCCAGUCUUGUUCAACAUCAGAGAAUCCACUCUGGGGAGAAACCCUAUAAAUGUACUCAGUGUGGGAAGACAUUCACAGUGAGCUCCAGUCUUGCUCUGCACCAGAGAAUCCACACUGGGGAGAAACCUUAUGAAUGCAAUCAGUGUCGAAAAACAUUCACAAAUUGUUCCAAUCUUGUUCUACAUAAGAGAAUCCACACUGGGGAGAAGCCUUAUGAAUGCAGUCAGUGUGGGAAGACAUUCACAACAAGCUCCCAUCUGGCUCGACAUCAGAGAAUCCAUACUGGAGAAAAACCUUAUGAAUGCAAUCAGUGUGGAAAGACAUUCGCCCAGAGCUCCAAUCUUGCUGGACAUCAGAGAAUCCACUCUGGGGAGAAACCUUAUGAAUGCAAACAAUGUGGAAGAACAUUCACACUGAGCUCCCAUCUUGCCCGACAUCAGAGAAUUCACUCUGGGGAGAAGCCUUACACAUGUAAUCAGUGUAGAAAGACAUUCACCUUGAGCUCCAGUCUUGCUCAACAUCAGAGAAUCCACAUUGGGGAGAAACCUUAUGAAUAUAGUCAGUGUAGAAAGACAUUCACACUGAGUUUCCAUUUUGUUCCACAUCAGAAAAUCCACACUGGUGUCAACCUCAAAAAUAACUCACAAUGACCAGAGUAGUUAUAUGAAAACACAUCUUGAAUCGGGAAGAGAGAGAUGAUGAUCACAGCUACUUCACAGAGCCACCACUUUGGCAAAAGACACCAAUAAAGAGAAUUUCCACUGAACUAAAGAACCUGGGGUCGUAUGAAAGGAAGGACAACUGAUUGCUUCCAUAAAGUCUGGAGAAAGAGGAUGUAGACAGAGGCUAGGGUGCCUGGAAGCAGCCUCAUCUAAUAGGAGAAACUAAGAAGAGUACUUAUGGUUUCAUUCUAUCUGCUAAUCCUGUCUAGAGUGAUGAAGGGGUGCCUAAGGGUGGUUCAUUGUUCAGUCUGGGUUCAGGGUCAGACAGAGGGUUUCUUGAAGGCAGUUUUUGAAAGAUAAGAAUCACACUGGAGUUUUGUAAAACCAGGUUUUCACUGGAGAGAACCCUAUGAAUGUAUUCAGUGUAGAAGUGUAGAAGGACAUUCAGAGUAUGCUCCAGGCUUGCUGGAGAAAUCAGAGAAACCUUACAAAUGUAAUCAGGUUGGAAAGGUAUUCACAGGCUUGUUGAACCCAUGCUGGAGAGAAAUCUUAGGAAUGUAACAUGAAAAGAUGUUCAUACACAGCUCCAGUCUUGCUGAACAUCAAAGAAGCCCUUCUGGGGACACUAGAAAGCUGCUAGUGGAAUAUUGGGCUUUGAAUGCCAUUUACCCCAGAAAACAUUGAGAACCAUUUGAAUGUUUUGAGUAAGGGCUAAAACGAUGGUAUCUGCUCUUUAGAAAAAUCAUUUUCUUGGCUAAAUGGAUCCUGGAUUGAAAUGGGAAGAGAACUGAGGCAAGUAGACCCAUGAGGAAGGUAUUGACUAAUGCAGGUUGAGGUGAUUAGGGCCUUCCCUAGAGUGGUGGCUGUGCCAUUGAAGUAGUCUGAAUAAGGGAAGGAAGUAGGUUAGAUAAUGAAAUUGAAGUCGAUACAGCAGAUCAAACCCUUCCUGCAUGUUUUAGGAUACUGACCCAGUCACCCCCAAGAGGCCAGGCAGCUUAUAUAGGUAGGCAGCAGGCUAGAAUCUAAGCUAAGGCUGAGAAGCAGAAAGAUCAGGGAGGGAACAAAGGAACAUACUAUCAAAGAGGUCUUGAUGGAAUGCAAGAUAACACUUUGCUAACUAGGGAUAACCAACGAAAGCUAACGAUCCCUGAAUAACCUGAGUAUUGUCCACUGUCAUGGAUCAUACAUACCUGUGUUUGUGAUAAGGUCUGUCUGCUUGUCAAAUAAGCACCUGUAUGUGAAAGGAAAUAACUGUGUCUUGUAACCCAUAUAAAGGAUCCUGUAAUGCCCAUCUGAUACAGCUUCCGCUAGGGGAGGCUGUCCCAGCGGGUGGAUUCUUUAGUCUUUAUUUUUUUAUCAGUCAAUCAAAGGGUUGCAGGAAUUGAAUUUCUGGGUGUCUGGCCUCCCUUUAUGAAAUGCCCCCACUUGACCAUCUAUCAAAGGCGUUUGCCCAGCUUUAAGUGUUCAAUAAAUGCUAGUUGUUACUUUA